GAGGAGUCUACAUUUAUAUCUUCGAUACUAAUACAACUAGACUCGAACCAGCCGCUCUUUAUGAAGCUCCAAUUUCAGGAAUCAAAUUUAUUAAAAUAGAUUGUGGUGUUUCUUACCUUUAUCUUAAAAUUGAUUUUCUUUCAUCUGGAAUCGAAAUAAAUGUUUUGCCAAUGAAUAUUGAUAUUCCAAAUCCAUUAAUUGAUCAAUUUAGUAUCGCAACAUUACCGUAUGGAGGUUAUUUAUUAAGUGGAAUAGGAACGUUUGAUAAUGGUGAAACUAUCAUUGAAGGUUUUAUUUUCAAUGACGAAGACAUAGUUUAUCGUUGGGAUCUUCCAUUUUCUACCGUGACAAACUUCUUAAUAGUAUCGAAAAUUUUAAGAAAUAAUACUUAUAUACUUGCUCAGCUGGAAGAGAAACGAAACUGGGCUUUGGUCACCACUGACUUGUAUAAAUUUGAAGAAGAAAAAGAUCAUGGUUAUGAAAAUUUCCACAUCGACACCAAAUCUCCAAACAUUAAUGAUAAAUUGUACUCGAAACAGAGUCCCUUACAAUUAAAUAUUUUAAUGAAUGUGGAUGGAAAUUUAACUACGAUUAAUAUCAAAUUAUUAAAUUGCACAUUGAAUCAACUUGGUAGUAGAUAUUAUGUUUCAAUCGAAAAUAAUUUUGUAAGGGACCGAAUUUACAAAGAACCCCUCUAUGGUGUAAAAGAUCAUGUUUGGUCUUUUAUUACAUCUCCACUUCCACCAAAAAAAAAGAUAUUCAGAGACCGUAAAGGUCAAGAAUUGGCUGAUGCAAUUCCCGUCAGUCGUCAACGUAUAACUACCAAUGAAAAGGCUGAAACUGACACUUCAGUUCUUCAAAGACAAAUAUUAUUACCUAUUGAAAUCAAAAAAGACGAUUCUUUUCAAGAAAGAACUGUUAGAUUUGCAAUUAUUGAUUUAGAUCAAUUGAUUACGAAUAAACCAAUUACCGUUAUUGGAUCUGGUGAAGCUUCACAACAUUUAGAUGAGAUUUAUGGAUAUAGACUACUUC